UCUGUGAGCGCCAGUGUGUUGCUCUGGGUUAGUGAGAAAGUAGGGAGAGAGAGAGAGAGCAAGCAGCGAGGAGGCAGAGCGAGUGUGCGAGUGAAAAGGGACAGGGUAACCUAUUAUUAUCAUUCUCGCAGCGUUUUUUCCACCUCCCGUGCUGGAGUGGCGGCCAGUCGAAGGCUAAAAUGGAGGCGGAAAGAACGGGCGGAGUAGCGGGUGGAACCAACCAGAGCUCCGCGGUCAGCGGCAGUCGCAAUCCGAACGGGCCGAAGACAGUGCUAGGACCAGCGGGCACAACAGCAGCGGCAGCCGGGGGGAUGAUGGCAGGAGCUAUGCAUUCUUCUCGCGGGGAACCGCAGCUACAGGACGGGGAAGCAGGCCUAUCACUUCCUGGGAUCUUGCAUUUCAUUCAGUUCGAGUGGGGACGUUUCCAGUCCGAAAAAUGUCGCUGGGAGGCAGAGAGGGACGAACUCCGGGCCCAGGUGGCGUUCCUACAAGGGGAGAGGAAAGGCCAGGAGAACAUGAAGCAAGACCUGGUCAGGAGAAUCAAGAUGCUGGAAUACGCCCUCAAGCAGGAGAGGUCUAAACACCAGAAGCUGAAGAGUGGAACUGACCAGAGUCCUGGAGAGAAGAAACCGGAGGCAGAAGCAGAACCAGUACCCAAUGGGCCGGCAGAUCCAGACUCGGACGCGGCUAAUAUGUCCUGGAAGGAGGGACGUCAACUGCUGCGCAAGUACCUUGAAGAGGUUGGUUAUUCGGACACCAUUCUGGACAUGCGUUCCAAGCGUGUGCGAUCUCUGCUGGGGCGCAGCAGUCCCGAGGCCAACGGACCGCCCCCGUCCGACUCCGCCCCCGACACGGACACACACACUGCAGACACACACACCACCUCCGACUCCCUGCUGGUCAGGCAGAUCGAGGAGCAGAUCAAGAGGAACGCCGGUAAGGAGAGUUCUAAGGAGCGCGUCGGCCAGUCUGUGCUGGAUAAGAUUCCGUUUCUGCACGGCUGUGAGGAUGACGAUGAUGACGAUGACAGCGACGAAGAAGACGAGUUUCAGGGCAUGAACACCGACAGCAUCGACGGAGCGCGCAACAAAAACAAGAAGGCACGCGGGAAGAUGUCUGAGCCCCUGACUCCGGAGCUGGACAUGGUUGAGGAUGACGAUGAUGAAGAGGAGGACAGUGAGGACGCUCUGAGUGAGUUUGACUUCCUGGGCAGCGGAGAGGAGGGGGAGGGGGCCGGAGAGGCCCGCAGCUCAGGAGACGGACGAGAACUAGAAAACCGCAGGAACAAGAUGCAGGGGAUGAUGUCAGACUUUCCCUCCAAACCGACUCCGCCCCAAAACAUACCAGGACAACCCAGACCUGAAGGGGGAGCUCUGGGUUUCUCCUCAGAUGUCUUCAUCCUGGACGCGGUCGGCGGGGGAGACAUGAACCUGGGCGAGCUGGCUGACCUCACCGUUGCUAAUGACAACGACCUCACCAUCGACUUGCAGGACAGUCGUGAGGAGUUUAAGAAGACGUGGAACCCUCGCUUCACGCUGAGGAGUCAUUUUGACGCCAUCCGGGCGCUGACCUUUCACCCCUCGCAGCCCGUGUUGCUAAGCGCCGCCGAGGACGGAACACUCAAACUAUGGAACCUCAACAAGGCCAUGCACUCCAAGAAGAACGCUGCUCUGGACGUGGAGCCCAUCUACACCUUCAGAGCUCACAGUGGUGCUGUGUUGGCGUUGGCUAUGGGGGAGGAUGGGGAGUCGUGCUACAGUGGCGGUCUGGACGGAUCCGUACGCUGCUGGAAGAUCCCGGACCUGAACGUGGACCCCUACGACAACUACGACCCUGGCGUAGAGAGCAGUGUGUUAUCGGGUCAUGAUGACUCGGUGUGGGGUCUGGCCUACUCCUCCUCCCUCAAGAGACUGGCCUCCUGCUCAGCUGAUGGCACAGUACGCAUCUGGGACCCCCACAACUCCAACCCCUGCCUGUCCGUAUUCAACAAGGAGAAAGAGCAUGGCACCCCCACGUCGGUGGCCUUCGUGACGAGUGAGCCAGGUCAGGUGGUCGUGUCAUUUGAUGGCGGCAACACACUACUCUACGACCUCAACACAGAGCAGAGCGUCAUGACACUAGAGACACAGACCAAGGACGGUAGCGAGCUGAUUAAUCGUGUGGCCAGCCAUCCUCUCCAGCCCAUUACCAUCACAGCACAUGAGAACCGCACCAUCCGGUUCCUAGACAACAACUCCGGUAAAGUGGUCCACUCCAUGGUGGCUCACCUGGAUGCUGUCACCUGCCUCGCUACCGACCCCAAGGGCACUUACCUGGUCUCUGGCAGUCACGACUGCUCGGUGCGCCUCUGGAUGCUGGAUACUCGUACGUGUGUUCAGGAGAUCACGGCCCACCGCAAGAAGCACGACGAGGCGAUUCACGACGUCGCCUUCCACCCCGCACAGCCCCUCAUCGCCUCCGGGGGCGCCGACGCGCUCGCCAAGAUAUUCAUAUGAACACACACAGGAGAUGAAUUCUCUUCUUUAUAGUGGACCAGACGAGUGGAGCACAAGACUGAAGCAGUCACACACACACACACACACACACACACACACACACACACACACACACACACACACACACACACACACCAUACACACACACACACACACACACACACACACACACACACACACACACACACACACACACAUGUCCAGCAUCCACAGGGCAGGCGCACCAAGCAGUUGUGACCUGUAGAGGUUGACACAUCAAUAUUACAGACAGACACACACACACACACACACACACACACACACACACACACACACACACACACACACACACACACACACUGAAAGAGAGAUGGUGGGAGUGGGAGAGGGCGUUGUGUCUCUCUCCCCCGUGGAGCAUUCAUUUCAAUAGGACUCAAUUUCCCAUGGGCCUUUGCUUUAUCUUUUUUACCCACAGUGCAGUGCACCGUGGUGAUGGUGGUGGGUGGAGCCUAGUCUCGCUCUCUAACAGAACACAACAGAACGCUUCUCCACCUUCCAGAACCUUCUGUAUCACACACUACUACUAAACUGUGUUUUUGUUUUUGUAUGCUUACAUCA